UGAAGGCUACUGCUCAUCACGCCACUUCAGGGAAAGAUAAAACUGCAUUUUUAAAAGAAAAGUAAUGACUUAUACAAACGCAUGAAGUCUGUUUUCCACACGGUUACACCAGCAUAACCUUAGCUCUCCGCGACAAUCCAAAAGUUCAGCGAAGAUAGCGCACGGCGCACAGGGACAGAUCAUGCACUGUCAAGCCGAGCUGAGGCUCUCAUCCCCCGGCCAGCUGAAGGCUGCCAGGCGGCGCUACAAGACUUUUAUGAUUGACGAGAUCCUCUCGAAGGAGACCUGUGAUUACUUUGAGAAACUUUCUCUUUACUCCGUGUGUCCAUCGCUCGUUGUGCGACCAAAGCCUCUUCAUUCAUGUUCAGGUAAGAGAACUCUUGUUUUGUUUAAUUUCAUUCAUAUACAAAGUAAAAAAAAAAUAAUACAGAGGAAUAAAGCUGAAAAGACAUACUUGUUUCCUCAAGCAUUAAUUGUAAUUUUGUUUGUUAAAUUGUGUUUGAGUGAGGAAAAGAUGCAUGGUUGACAUUUUUACGCAUGAGAUAAAUUUGAUGGUGUUUUUAAAAUUUGUAUUCAAAUGAAAAAAAAUGCAUGAUCACAAAUUGUGGAUUUAAAAAGUAGGGGAAAAAAGUUAGUAUCUGACAUCGUGCAGGUAAGCGUUGUGCAGGUGUCUAAUUUUGAAAUGAAAUUCAAAAUAAGUUCUCAGAAUAAAUGUCACAUUUAAUUUUUAAUGUUAACAUUAUUUAUCCACCUGCAAACUGAGCAUUUAUAAACAUUUGCAUUUAAUGUUAAAGUUUUGGGCUGUUUUUAUUAUUUAUUUUCCCCAACCAGUAUAAAAAUCAUGGUUAAUCUAUACACUCUUCACCUGUCCACCCUGAGUUUAACAGCAUAAAUCACUGCUGUGCAUUUAGUGCUGAAAAUCACAGACAUGAGUUAGAGGGAGUAAAUGUCAGUGACGCUUCAGGGCUGUUUCUGGGAUCAAACUGAUGAAUGACUGAGCUGAGACGUUGGUAAACAUAAAAAAGAGCCUGUUUGGCAGGUAAUAAAAUUCAGAGUCUUACUCAGGAAGCCUGCGGUUUCCUACCUGCUUCCUCUGAAACUUGUUUAUUGCAAUUAACACAGUAAUUGUGCUUAUGAAGGCCUUCUGCGGUUAGUUCUGCUGCUGUUGGAAAUUUGCAGCUGGAGGAUUUUAUUAUGUAAGUUUGUCUGAUUUGACAAAAUGUAUGUAGAGUACGUUUGUGUGUAAAAAAAUAAUGUCAAAUCACCUCAUGGGUGAUCAUUUAGACUGUGCAAUGUCUAUUAUAUUUUAAUAUUAGGAGGUGCUUUCUUUUCUUUUACUGUCAAAGUUUCAAAACAAGCUGUACUAGAUAGAUAGAUAGAUAGAUAGAUAGAUAGAUAGAUGUUCUCUGUUCUUUUUUCUGACAUAUUACAGCUGGGAAUUUACCAAAAUAGUGAGACAGAGGAAAAAGUUCAGUCCUCAUAUGCUAAAAUGUAAAAACACAAAAAGACUAACUGUAAUUCUUGAUGAACCCAAACAGCUCACAGGCUACUGCAUCCUCUAGUAACCAUUAGGAUAAUUACUCCAAAGUCUGAAAUAAUAGCUCCUGCAAUCUGAUGAUGACAGCGGCCACUGGUUAAAAAUAGGUGCAGCGAUUCCCUCAUCCCUCUGAUAUAAAUUGGUAUAUGCUAGAGGGCACUAUGACUGGCACCCCUCUGUUCGGGUGGAUAGAGUAACCCACACUGCAUAUCCAAACACUUUGCCCACCACUUAUUUGUAGCGGCAGGGGUGUGAGACACAGUAUAUUCCCCAACAUCAAUGGCUUUUUGAGCUGGAUAUAGAAACUGGCAGCCUUACAGGUCCUGGGCCAAAGAGAGGCGGCUGGCCCCCUCGUGGCCCCUGAACAGUGGAAGUUGACUUCUUCAUUCUCCAAAGGAAAGGGUGCUAUAACCUGCUUCUGCCAGUGGAGGCCGCUGACAGACAGUAGUGCCACCAACAGCGCCUGAGGGAGUUAUAACCAAUUAAUUGCUGUGUUUUUAUUGUUUACCACUGGUAUGCAGCUCAAACAUGCCAACAUAAUCAUCCUCUUUUGUCCUAUCCUUCUUGAAAACAUCACUCCAGUUUUGUGACUCUGCAAAGAAAUACAUCUGAGGAGUAGAAGUGGCUAAUCAUGGUGUUAAUUCCCGGUCAUUUGCUGCAGGAUCAGAGGCAGUGAUACCUGAGCGAGGAGUGAUUGUAAUGGAAGGUUACAAUAUUUCAUUUAGAGUCCCAUCUUUCAGCAGGAUCCAGGGCAGGGCUUUUAGUGGUGUUUUCCAGAAGAGGUGAGAGAGAUUAAGAUCAACUGUGGUGUAAUCUCACCUGACAGAUGAUGAAAAAUACAAACAACAAAAAAAAAAUAAAGUAGGAGUGUGUACAGCCGGGGGGCCACUGCGCUCUGAUUUGGUCCUUGGGCGAGGGUUUAUCGAUGAAAUCCAAGUGAGCAAAAGAGUUUUCAUUCCAUCUUAAUUCCUAAUCCGCUCCAGACAAUAAAGUCUCCCAUUAAGUAUAAAGCAGGCCUGAGAAGGUCGAUUACUCCCAAGUCAACACACAUGGGCAAGUAUGCACAAACGCUUUCCUUCUUCAGUUGAGGAUAAUGCUUGACAACCUGUCAUCUCCUCGUCAUUCCCCGCACAGCCACUUCCAUCAAAUUUUUCUAUUUUGACUAAGGAUCAGUCAUAAACCAGUUCUUAAAUACUUAAUGCUACACUCAGAUUUCAGCUGUCACAGGAAGAGUUGGGAGGAUCAGGUUUCAGAUUAAACAGUUAACACUUUGUUUAAUGUAAUGCCUUUUGCACUUCGCCUCAAGUGUACAACGUCAGUUUGGGAAGUUUAUCCAUAUGCCUGGGAAAGAAAAGAGCUCAUGAUGAAUGAUGCUGUUGGCACCAUCUUAUUCCGACAAUUAGAAAGAAGUUGUUGCAAUCAGUCUAAUAAUCAAAUGAGUUUGGACAGAACAAGAAGCUGCACGGCCUGUUGCCCUUCCCAACCCUGACACGGUUUGAUUUGCCUGAAAAGGGCAAGCCCAACAGAAACACUGUUAAAUGGAGAAACUCUUAAGCUGUCAACAGACAGUUUAUAUCCAAAACAAGACAAAAGUGCACACUCACUUGUCAUUGUCAAGCAAUGAAUCAUCCAUCUGAGCACCCCAUUGACAAAAAAAGAAUCGAAAAAGAAGUGUAGAUGUGGCGAUAAGGAGUGAGCAUUCAAGGAAAAAGAAGCUGCAUGCAUUAAAUAGACAGUAUAAUAACUACAAAUCAAAUCAUUAUUGAUGCAAUUAAUGAUAAUAAUUUUAAAAAUAGUGCAUGUAAUGACGUCUGCAUGAUUAUUUUAGAUCAAAUGUCUCCUCUUGCUCUAUUCUUAGAGGGUUUUCCUUCUGUAAUGGUUACCAUAAGCACUUGUGCAAGUCCCCACAUUCCCACUGUGAUUAUCAAGAGUAUCAGUGUGCUUUUGCACGCGGCUGGGUUGCGCUCUCGCAGCUUCUCAAACAGUUUAUUUGUAGACUAUUGACAGGUCACUGGCACUUGUCAACAACAUGUCAUUGAGACAGCUUCACUGUCAGUGGAAAAUCUGCACGAGGGCUGACAUCUCUCUCUCUCUCUCUCUUCUUUGUCUUCCCUCCGAGGGACUGUCCGGAGACAACUUCAAGCUCUUUGUUGACAAGGGGCUUCCUGACUAUCAAGAAGACAAAACAAGAAUUUUUUGUUUUCCCCCAUUCAGCAUGACACCAGUGAUGCUUACUUUCCCUCCAGGACCAUUCCUCUAAAUCCAAAGUUGAGAAAUGUGCAUGCAAAAUUCUUUCAGUUACAACAUAAAACCAAAUAAUUCAUUAUUACAAGACAGAUUUUACAGAUCUGAUAAAGAAGGAGAGCUAAUGAAAUGAAAAGGUAUAAAUGGAGAGCUUGUAGCCAGAGAGAGGGAAAAAAAAGAGGGUCUUCUUGUCUAGACCUGUUGCAAUAGCAGCGAUCUCACGUUGGAGGAUUAGUGAUGACCUCAGUGCCUCAGCAUGAUGUCAUGAUGAGCCCAAGGCAGUGUCUGCUCUGUGUGUGUGUGUGGAUCAGUCUGUGUGUGCAGAGCACCAGUCCCUAUCUGUUCUUGUACUUGUGCUCUUGUACCUAAGCCCCUUAAACGCUUGACUUACAUCUAAUUGUGCGGUUUAUAGUGGAUUCGUGCACCUUUUAGAUCUGAAUUCGUGUCGCACCUCGCUGGAAAACUAGUAGAAAAGGUCAACGUUGUCCUGGAAUAUCGCUGCAAUUUAAUCCGACAACCUUAUAAGAGUUAAAGAAAAUUAAAAGUUCUAAAACUCAACAGUCAAGAGUAGAGUUUGUAUCUCCUGACAGCAUUUGUGUUUGCAGAGUGUCUGUUGAGGUUGAAGAUGACAUUAAGAGGGUAGAUCUACCACAGACAACCGGGACAUGUGCUGUGUCUGAUACUGUAUGACAGCUUCCUAUUUUCUCUGCUCUACUGCAGCCUUUUAUUCCCUUCUGUAUCUCCCACCUCUGCUCCUGGAAACCCCCCUGUGUCCUUUCUGCUGCUCUUUAUCAGCCUACCCUGCAUCAGCCAAGGUAUUACAGCCCGUGCCGUGCUCAGUUGGCUUGUAAAUAUGGGUUAAGGGAUUGGUUUUUAUAUUUGAAGCCGAAAGGAUUUUUCUGGCAGAUAUCAUAUUCACUUUGGUUGACCCACCGAAUCCUCUUGGCCAACCUCGGCUCCAGACAAGUGUUACUCUUUAUCGAUUCUGGCGUCUUGCUGCUUCUGUCUGCUCUGCUGAAGAGAGAGAGAGAGAUAAGGUUCGUGUAUUACUGCGUACAUGAGCAAGAGAGAGGGAGAGAUUGUAAGAGAGGGAGAAGAGAGUCGUAGCAGAACGGUGUCUGAUUUAGUUUUUUUUUUUUUUAAGGAUUUUAUUGCAGCCUCUUCUGUCUCUGGGUGCACAUGUGCAUGUACAUCAUACUGUCAGACUCAGUGUGUGAAUCUGCUUGGGAGCAAGUUAGUGUCCAACAACCUCUAAAAAAAUAAUCAUUCAUUUGAAAGGUUCUGGGGAGCGGUGUAAAACACAGUCUGCGUCAUUGGGAUCACAGCCCUCUACAUGGAGGAGGUCAAAAGUAAAACACUUUUCACAGCAAACACAGGGCAAUUAAAACUAAACCUGUCUAAGCAAUUACAGGCGGUCGAUACUGCUACAACCACCAUGACUGAGAGGCACAUAAGAGCUCACUAAAACUCUGCAUGAUUCAAAGGAUAUCUUCUCUUUCCUUUUGUUUUUUCUUUUUUUUUUUUUGCACCAGACUUUAUUGCGUUUCUCUUUUCCUCUCAUCUGACGCACUGUCUCUUCCACUUUCAGGCUCCUCAUCACUGCGUGCCUACCCUCUCCUCUCAGUUAUCACGCGGCAGCCCCCCCACAUCCCCCAGGUAUCCUCUCCGGGAGGGGUCCCCUCGCAUCUGCCGUUGCUCUCCCCGCAGCACCCGCGAGGAUCCGAGCCCUCUCCAAGCCAGACGCCCCUCAGCAUCAGCAGCGAGUCGGAAACAGAGCACAGCGCGUCCCGGCUGAAGAAGCCACGCCGCAGCCGCACCAUCUUCACCGAGCUGCAGCUGAUGGGCCUGGAGAAGAAGUUCCAGAAGCAGAAGUACCUGUCCACACCUGAUAGGUCAGUGCAGUUCAUACAGCCACACCUGGUUUGAUAGGUUAGGGUGGAGAAUAGUUGCAGUUUGAGUUUGCUGCCAAAGAAGAGCAUAUAAAAAAAUCAUGUCUACACAAAACUCAGAGCUACCUGAAAUGAUUUUUGUGACAAAUGUUACAACAAUGAAAGCAAACCACUUAUGUCUUAGAGCUAACUAACACCACAGUUAUUAAAUUACAGCUUUUAAGAAGACUCAUAAAAGUGCCACUCAACUGUGACAUUUUGAUAACCCGCGUAUCUGGCGUAGAGCGCAAUAGGAGAGUACAGUGUAUGCAUUGAAAUUCACGCAUGCACGCACAUUCACAAAGCCGCAAGUGCAAUUAUCAGGCAGUGGUUAACCCAGCAUCAUAAUGUUUGAUUUAUCCUGUGGGGAAUGUAUCAUGUAAUGUGAAUUUGCUGAAGCCAGAGCAUUACCUCAGAAUUCUAGUUGGGACAGGAGUAACGUUUUUAACCCUGAGCUCCCCAACAGCAAAAUGCCCCAACAAAGAAACCCUGUCUGAGUCAAGAAAACAGGGACGGCAGCCAACGCAAGCAAACAGAAAUGUAUUACAGUGAUUUACUGCCAAUCAUUUCACACAUGUGCAGGUGUAUAAAAAGAGAACAUAGCUUCCCUACAAUGAGAUGAAGUAAUCCAAAUGUUAAUAUCUGUGUCUUGGUCUCCAUUCUGCGGGUCAAUUUUGGGACCUGACAUGAGGUUAGACUAUAUUUUCCACUUUUAUUGUACGCUUUGCUUGAAUUUUUUGGCCUAAAGGCUUCCUUUCCAUCAUAACCGAGAAUAAAAUUCAAUCAUAUAUGUUGUAAAAAAGCUUUGCUCAGAUUCUGAAACUACCCCUGAACUUCUGCGUCAAGUAGAGAGUGGUUAGCGUUCACUCCAACCCUUCUUACUCAUCUAUUUCUUUUCAUAUAUGUGCAUACUGAAGGUAAAACAGAGGUGAUUAAAGGACUUGUUACUGGGUGUUUCCUUGCAUUAAAAAAUGCACAAAGUGGAUUUUUUUCUCAAACUUUGCACCCUCUUCACUAUGUAUCUGCUUACCACAUCUGAUCUGAAACGACUUAAGCAUAUCUAGAAAUUAACCCGAUUUUUUUUUGUCAUCCCAUUUACAUCUCAACUGUAGGGAAAACUCCCACGAUGCAUAAUUAAAUACAUCACAUCUUGGCUUGCCCGGAGCUGCUGGAAAGGCACCGUGCCUCUUCUCAAAGCUGAAGCCCCGAGGCUGAUCACAACUCAGUGAUCAAAACCAACCACCCUUAAAGACUGCGGUGCCAAAAUACUGUGUCCUGUCAAAAUAUCCGAUCCUGACACCGUGUUGAAAAUUAAUUAAAUACCCAGCUGGCGGAAAAACGUCAACAGAGAAAAUCCCCCUUUAAAGCCCCACAUCAAAAGUGCGGCGUGCUCCCCACUUUGACUUGUUGUGAUCCAAAGAUAACUUCACAUUUCUCCCCCUUUCCUUCUCUUGGCUUGGGAACUUUGCGGUUUUGUAUAAAGACUGCGAAUGUGGGCGUGAGGAACGGAAACCAAAAUUAUCCCUGAAAAAUACUUUAGAUUAUUUAUAUCAGACAGAAAUCAUGAAUUAGCCAGCUUCCAGUUUUAACAAUUAGUGCCUUUGUAAGCCUGACUGUCAUCAGCAUCAUUAUCAUUACUUAAAGGUUUCCAGUUACGCCCAAGAUUUCCUUCUCAAAGGUGUGAGAACAGAACAAAAUGGUGGUUUUGCAGUCGCCUGGAGGGAGGAACUGAAAUAGUGUCUCUAUCGCUGUUCGUGUGUGGUUCCUCUUCAUUGAGAACUAAUGACCAUAAACAAGAGGGGUGUUUUCCUUUUGCUGCAAUUAUUUCCCGUUGCCUGCAGAUGUUAAGCUGCUGUAGACUGAUGGUGAGGUUUGUCAAAUUGAACGUGUGUCUGGUGUUUUUUUUUUUUUUUCUCUCUCUCUCUCUUAAGCGCUUACACAUAUGCACACACAAAAGCCAUGCAUGCUCUUUAAUGUAAGGCAUAGGACUUCGGAUAGAAGCUUAAGGGAUUUGUUGGUGCUCUGCUUUUUAGAUUCUGCUCACAUCAUCUCUGUCUGGGCUUCUACUUCCACCAUCAAAUGAAAGUCAGUUCCUUCCACUGGGGGCUGGUGGGGGUGUGAUUCCCUUCAUCUACCAAAUAAAGACUUGGAGAAGAAAAAAAGGAAGGAGGAAAUCUAAUUUAAAAUACCAGAUAAACACUCUUGUGGAUGCCGUGUUCGCUUUAUCUAUCCCUUCCUGAGGUUUCGCGUUACACACAAACUGAUUGGCCGAUUAGUCACAGAUCAACACAUGUGGUGGAUGCAUUCAGAAUUUUCUCCGACAGCCCCAAUUGUACAUCUCCGAGGACUGUGAUUGGAUUACUAAUGUCGGUGCGGAUGUUAAAAGCAGGGUUUCCUGAGCUGCAGGUGCACAGUGUCAAACUGAAACGACCAGCAAGUCAGCUUUGAUGUGAGACUCAAAGAAAGAAUCAAAGGAUCUCUUACUGUAAGGAUGCGACGCUCACUACUGCGAACACUUGACAUUGACGGUUCGAGCUGAUCUUCACUCAUUUUACAUGCUUUGAUUUAAGGGGAUGUUGAUGUUGCUUGACAGCAGCUACACCGACAAGACCGCCUGCAGUGUCUGCAGACAAGCCUUGUUCUGUUUUUCAUUUAGCCUUAUGAGCUCGGAUAUCGUCUGACAAUUAUUAAAAAAGUGCAAAAAAUCAGCCUGAUUAAUUGGUCUGAUUGGAUUAAGUUGACAAGUUUUGUAUGUACUGCUGAUGAAACUGCAGUAAAUAUUGAAAAAUGUCUCAUUAAAUUAGUUAAAAAAAAAUAGCAGGGUAGAAACUUAACUAGAUGGGCAAAAACAGGUGUAGACUUGACAGUGCAGGAUGUUCUUGAUAUGUCCAUAGAAUAAAUAAGGAAGCAAUAAUGAAUAACACUGAGGUGAAGUGGUGAUUAAUGUUUUGGUGUCUACCUAGAGGCUACAAACCAAAAUUAGCGUCAGAGUUUCCCAUUGUGCUUAAAAAGUGAUGAUGCACAUUUUUACAGCAUGUCAACACUAAUUUUGAUUUACCAUCCACCUUUUGUUACUCAUGCAGAAAGUACGUGAGAAAAAAAAAACUCAAGCAUCUAACGCUUAGGCUGUUUUUGUGUGUGUUUGUGAUUUUGCAGGUUAGACCUGGCCCAGUCACUCGGUCUCACACAGCUCCAGGUGAAGACGUGGUACCAGAACAGGCGCAUGAAGUGGAAGAAAAUGGUAAGAGACAGAACUAAAGAAAAGCCCAGCAGGUUAAGAGAUAAUGUUAUUUUUGAUUAAAAAGAAAAAGAAAAGAACAGGUGGUGUGGGGAGGAUAAUUUCUCAGGUCAUGACUCCUGUCCUCCCCGGAAGUGACUUUCUUCUCACCUGAAAGUGUGGCUUACACUCAACAGUUAAAACUAACACUUACCUGCACCACUAAAUAGAGAAGUUAAUAGUAAGUAGUAAUUUGUUGACAGGAAGACAAGGUGUGGUUUGAGGUGUGUCUGAUAAUGACAGCAGUCAGUGCAAACACUUUUGCAGGGUCAACAACUCGGAGAACAAAAACAGAGCUGGCAUUUUUGAUGACAAAUGCGCGCACAGCCAGCAGCAAUAUGUCUUCUCUUAAUGACUAUAAUAGCAAGCUCUGCCUCUGACUGCUGCUGCUGCUGCCAUUUAUUAUCCUAAGAUUAUCCUAAGAUUGUCUGUGUGUUAUACUAGGUGCUCAAAGGAGGUCAUGAGGCCCCGACGAAGCCCAAGGGAAGACCCAAGAAGAACUCCAUCCCCACUACAGAGGAAAUCGAGGCAGAAGAACGAAGACUGAAGUUGGAGGAGGAAGAGAGGAUGAGGAGGGCAGAAGAGAAAGCAGGGCUGGCUCACAGAGAAGAGGCAGCCCAGCUUGAACCUCAAGAUCUUAGUACAGACACACACAAUCCAGCAGCAGCAACGGAGAGAUCUGAGCGUGAGCAGCCGGUUCUGAUGCAGUCAGAUACUCACACAGCCAGCUAA